AUGUUUUGUUUAAGGAGCUGGUUACCUCUCCUCUUCAUCCCAACCAAUGCCUCCCCACUUUUCAUUAUCUCCUUCGUCACUCUGACCUACAUCCUCCAUCGCCCAUGUAUCUACUGCUCAGCUCUCCUCCUAAUCCUUUUCAUCUCAUCCUGUCAUUGGUCGGAUCGCUGUUUCUUUGACCUUCGUGGUGACUGGUUUGCGCCUCGCUACUCUUCCGACCCAAGCGCUUCUCUAUUCGCCCCCAGUGAGACCUUCGCCGGCUAUGUCCUGGAAACUGUGAAUACCACAACAAAGACAUUGGCAGGUGCAGUCGUUGACGAAGCGCAACGUCGUCUUGCACUGAAUGGAUCGUCAACGGCCUCGGUGGUCAGUGCGUUAGGGCAGGAGGAAUGGUCCGGAGUUGGGCUGGAGUGGUUGCGCAGUUUGCUUGGGCGACGGGAGUGGACGAUUCCUUGUGUCGACGUCAAAAUUCGGCUGUAA